UCGUCAUGGUGACGCGACGGUGACGCGCACUCAUACCUGAGCCGGUCGGGCACGCGGGUGAGGGAUGCUGAUGCUGAUGCUGCUUCUGCUGCCAUGGCAACAGACAUUAAAGCGCUCUCACACUGAUUUAAUGUUUGUUUGAUACCACGUUGGUCUUUCCCGUCACGCGGGAUCCGGGAUCCGACGCUGCGAUCGCGUGAAGCUCAACAAGUGAAAGUGAUGAAUGCGAGGGAGCGACGCGAGGCGCGCUGGAUAAACGCCUGAUAAUCGCGCAGAUGAAUCACGCGCGUCUGACAGCAGCUCCGGCGCGUUUCUCCUCCGUUUCUCCUGUUGAGCAUCUGACGAUGAUUAUGAUGCGCCUUCACACGUCUGACUGACCGGUGUGUGUGUGUGUGUGUGUGAUUGACAGAUGAAUGCUCUGUAUCUGUGUCGCUCCAUCACAUCGUUUUUAUAUAAGCGCGUCUGUUGAGCGCGAGACAUCACUUUGACAUCACCGAAUCACGGAACCCGUGACCGUGCGGAGAUGCUGUCCGGUGUCGGAGCGGCUCGGAGCGCCUGGGCCUCAAGGACACGGAGAAAUGAGGAGAAAUGACGGACGGCGCGUGAAGACGAGCGCGUCAAGGACGAAAGGGGCGUCAGCAACGCGCGCUAAUUCAAGGGCGUUCGAACGAGAUGAGGAGCCGUCGGAGGACAGCGCGGCGGGGCGAGGCGUCCUCCGGAGGAAGCGUGAAGGAGAAUCCGUUGUUUUACCGGUGCUGAGGUCACACUGACCGUGAGCUCGUACUUCAGAGUAAUGACAAAUCAGAGACAAAACACACCCGUGUUUAUCUGACAGAAGAGCAACAACAGGUCAUUGUGUGUGUGUGUGUGUGUGUGUGUGUGCGCGCUCUCGCGUCUGGCGCUGGCAUGGAUGGUGGCACCGGGGCUUCUGCGGGCACGGACCCUCGCCCCGUUCGGAACGGGGACUCUAAGCGGCGCAGUAAGAGCAGCCUGCCGUCUCCCGGUUACCGUCUCUCCCAGGCGUCUCUGGAGGGCGACCGCGGGGAGCCGCUUCCCGGGCGCCGCCGCCUCUCCAUCCUGAGCUCCACGCGCGACAGCGGUCAGUUCCGCCCGGGCACCGCGUCUGGAACCCCGACCACCCCUCUGCCGCUGCCCCACGCCGGCUCCGCCCCGCCCACCGUGCAGCGAUCUGUGGGUUUUGCCGCCUCCCGAGCAGCUCUUGCUUCCACCUCCUCCUCCACCGGCACCGGGAUGGUCGUGGUGGCUACCGGACCCGAGACCACCACCACCACGGCGGCCGGGAGCCCUGAGGCCGGUCCGGUGCUGGACGGUGAGGACUACAGCUACUCGAACCAGUCCACCUUCAUCCAGAGGCAGUUCGGAGCCAUGCUGCAGCCCGGGGUCAACAAGUUCUCGCUCCGCAUGUUGGGCAGCCACAAGGCCGUGGCUCUGGAGCAGGAGAGACUCCGAUCAGCCGGGGCCUGGAUCAUACACCCCUACAGCGACUUCAGGUUCUGCUGGGAUCUCCUCAUGCUGCUGCUGAUGGUGGGAAACCUCAUCGUCCUCCCGGUGGGAAUCACCUUCUUUAAGGAUGAGAACACUCCUCCAUGGAUCAUCUUCAAUGUGGUGUCGGACACACUCUUCCUGGUGGAUCUGGUGCUGAACUUCCGCACCGGGAUCGUGAAAGAGGACAGUACGGAGAUCCUGCUGGACCCCAAGGCCAUCCGCCAGCGCUAUCUGAAGAGCUGGUUCCUCGUGGACUUCGUGUCCUCCAUCCCCGUGGAUUACAUCUUCCUGAUGGUGGACCUGGAAGCUCACCUGGACUCAGAGGUGUACCGGACGGCCCGAGCGCUGCGGAUAGUUCGGUUCACUAAGAUCCUGAGUCUGCUGCGCCUGCUGCGUCUGUCUCGACUCAUACGCUACAUCCACCAGUGGGAGGAGAUCUUCCACAUGACCUAUGACCUGGCCAGUGCGAUGGUGCGGAUCGUCAAUCUGAUCGGGAUGAUGCUGCUGCUGUGUCACUGGGACGGAUGUCUGCAGUUCCUGGUGCCGAUGCUGCAGGACUUCCCCCCCGACUGCUGGGUCUCCAUAAACAACAUGGUGAACGACACAUGGGGCAUCCAGUACACAUACGCUCUGUUUAAGGCCAUGAGCCACAUGCUGUGCAUCGGAUACGGCGCUCAGGCUCCAGAGGGAAUGACAGACGUCUGGCUCACGAUGCUCAGUAUGAUCGUGGGUGCGACCUGCUACGCCAUGUUCAUCGGCCACGCCACGGCCCUCAUCCAGUCCCUAGACUCCUCACGCCGACAGUACCAGGAGAAGUAUAAGCAGGUGGAGCAGUACAUGUCAUUCCAUAAGCUUCCAGCAGAUGUCAGGCAGAAGAUCCACGAGUAUUAUGAACAUCGCUACCAGGGCAAGAUGUUUGACGAGGAUAACAUUCUGGGAGAGCUGAGCGAGCCCUUAAAGGAGGAAAUUGUUAGCUUCAACUGCCGAAGCUUGGUGGCUAACAUGCCUCUCUUCGCUAACGCCGACCCAAACUUCGUGACAGCGGUGCUAACGAAGCUGAAGUUUGAGGUGUUCCAGCCCCAUGACUUCAUCAUUCGUGAGGGAACCAUUGGACGUAAAAUGUAUUUCAUCCAGCAUGGACGGGUCAGCGUACUUACACGUGGGAACAAGGAGACCAAGCUCAGCGAUGGGUCAUACUUUGGAGAGAUCUGUCUGUUGACUCGUGGCAGGAGGACAGCAAGUGUCCGAGCAGAUACAUACUGUCGACUUUACUCCCUCAGUGUGGACAGUUUCAAUGAGGUUCUGGAAGAGCAUCCCAUGAUGAGACGGGCCUUCGAGACGGUGGCGGUGGACAGACUUGAUCGCAUCGGUAAGAAGAACUCGAUUUUGUUGCGUAAGACCUCACAGGGAGGCUCUGUAGCAGGCAGCAGUUUGGGACGGGGUGGAGGGAGCCGUGGAGGAGGAGCAGGAGGUGCCGGUCUGGGUUCUUGUGACAGUGUUCUGGUCCAGCAGAUCGUGAAGCACGAUAGCAUGCCGACCAUGCAGGACAUCGCAGCUGGGACCCGAGGCUCCACAGGAGGCACUGUCUCCCCCCGACCUCAUCCGGUGAUCUGGGCACCGCUGGUCCACGCUCCCCUGCAGACGGCCGCUGCUACCACCAGUGUGGCCAUUGCUUUGAUGCAGCAGCAGCAGCAGCAGCAACAGUUGCAGCAGCAGCAGCAACAACAACAUGCCCUUGGAGCUGCCAUCUUCCUUCCCUCCGCUAUGUCCAUCUCCCCAUCACCUUCAUUCUGCCCGCUUUCUCCUCCCCGACCACCCACACUACCCCCUCGGCAGUCACUCAGCUCCCUCAUAAACAUAAUGGGGGGGAUGCCCCCCCGAGGAGUCCCAUCCUCUGUAACACCUACACCCUCUCCCUCCACUAUGGGACCGACAACUGUGGCCGUGGCUCCUUCAGCGGGUGGAGUUGCAAAAACUCCUCCUACGCCUGCGUCGUCAGUGCCCGCCCCCCUGCAGCCUGGAAGAGCGCUUCAUCACAGUCUCCGCCUCCACACGGAGCCCACAGCAUCACCUGUCCAUAAAGUCCUGCCUCCCUCCUCAGCAGUUGCCCCACUGUCCGUCGAAGGGCGCAGUGUUGGCUCCGCUCCACAGGGGGCCAAAGAGGCUUUGCUGCGUCAUGUUGGAGGAGGCAGCACCCAGGGCCUCCCCAUGAUUGGUCGGCUUACCCAGGAGGCCAGACUGCUCUCCGCCUCCCAGCCGACUCUGCCCCACCGCAGCUGGGCAAGUGUGCAGCCUCACCCACCUCUCCAUCGUAAAGCAUCCGGAGGAAACCUGCUUCCAGCACCCUUCCUUUCAUCAUCAGGACUUGCUAGAGGAGGAAGUGCAGGUGUUUUGAGCUCAAAUUCGCCACAGCCUGGUGCCACACAGGGACUAACAAACACACCCCUGCUGUUGCCCUCUCAGCUGGCACACACACCUCCACUCAUGUCAACUCCGGGAUCAGCCCCGUCACCCCUUGCCCCCUUUUUGUCCUCCCCGAAACAAACCCCUCUUUGUUCCACCAACCCUCCUUUAUCCCUCGUGGCCACAUCUUCUGGUCUAGUGGCUCCUCAAACCCAGCGACCCAAACCAGGCACUGCUAUACCUACUCCUUCUUCAACCUCUCCUCCUCCUUACCUACGCCCUCCUUCUUCUCAGUCCACCUCCACCUCUCCAACUUCAUCUCCCGGCACCUCUUUGGCUCAGAAUUUCUGGUCCAAACCCUCUCAGACACCUCCUUCCCCAUCGCCAUUGUCCUGCACCACCAACUCAACACCCACCAUUACUCCAUCUCAAACCCCCACCCCAACUCGAACCCCGACCCCUGUUCAAACUCCUAUUCAGACCCCCACCCAAUCUAGAACACCAGCGGCAUUCCAAGCCCAAUCCCAAGGAUGGUGUCCAACUCCCGUCCAGAUCCCAGCAGCUGCACAAACUCUGACCUCAACCUCCGUUCAGAGUCCGCCUUCCGUCCAGACUCCAAGUAAACCUAUGAUGGGUCAGAGCCAUUCAGAUGCUGCUGACCAGAUGCCAGCUACUGCCCAGGUUCUUGGUUCUCCUUCGACUUGUUCUGCAGUCUCCAGUCAAACCCAAACCUCAAAUGCCAUACAGACUCAGAGCUCUUCCUGGAUCCCAGGAUCUCCCAUCAAUACCCCAGCCCAAAGUGAACCGUCAACCCCUGUUCUGACCCAAUCCCAAACACAAGCCACACCUGCUAAAGCCCCUGCUGUUGCUGCAUCAUCACCUUCUCCUUCAUCACCUCCAUCCUCCACUGCUUCACAGCCACAGAAGCCAGCUGCUAGCCAGACUCAGACCUUAAACGUUCUGUCCACUCCCUUAAGUCCAUCUCUCAUUCCUGCUUCCACUGCCUCCUCAUCUACAGUCCUCCAGUCCAACUCCACCACCUCCACUUCAACAAAAGAGGCAAAGAAAAUGCAGGACUUGCCUCAGAUGCAGAUAGAUUCAGAGACAAAGAGACAAAAAAAAUCCUGCUAGCAUGUGAGGAGGGAGGUGGGCGCUGGACAGAGGCUCUUGUUUUGUCCGAGGUGAGUUCAGGAGAUGAGAUGUGAUGAGUCAGCUGUAUCAGUUCAGGCUCUGCAGGUUCCAUGAGCAUGCUGUCUGCGUUCGAGCCUCCCGGUGUUGGUCUGUAGUCUUGACCACGGGAAGGUUUAACAUCUCUGACUAAUCAACUAAUCAAGGUAAAAACAAAAGAGCAGAACAUAUUUCGCUCCAAAGUAGAACUGUAGUGUCUGUGUUGUCCAGGUCAUCUAGAAAUGUCAGGUAGAAUAUUUUUGUAGUCCUUCUGAAAAGACCAUCUUGAAUUGCAAUGGGCUGACUGGUGAAACAGCGCAUUUAUAUUGAUCCCCAACAAAACAUGGAUCCCAACCGUGUUCGUGGAGCCUCCAACACUGCACAUUCUGCAUCUUUCACACCUGAUUCAUCAGUCAGUCAUCAGCUCUUUAGUAGAACCCCAAGACCAGAAAAGGGUGUAUCAGACCAAACAGAGAUGUGCAUCCAGGAACAGAGUUAAGAACCACUGUGCUAGUGAACGAGCAUGAUCUUUCGACAGAGAUCUGAUGAGUUAUCUUUCACAGAAUAGAUGCCAAAAAUGUCUUAAAGGGAAUGUUACUGCAAAACUGCCACCACCUUAAGAUGCAUUUGCACAGCCUUGUAAAGAUAAAAAAACAUCAGAACAUCAGAAAAUGUUUUAUAAAAUCAUUUAACAUCCCCUCCAGAACACAAGCAGCAUUUUCCGAUCGGAUCACCCUCAAUCUGGAGACGAUAAAAGCAUAACCUGAGUUUCAAAUGACUUCUGUAUGCGAAGCAGCAGCUAGAAAUUACCAUCACACCUUCUGUCAUUGAAUAUUAGUGACUGAACUUUUGCGACAGGACUAGAACUAUCACAACUCAUUUGGCACUUUAGUUCACGAGUCUAAUAUAAAGUGUCCAGGAAUCGCUUGGGCACCAUACAGGAAUAAUACAUUUUGAGUUCGGAAAGACGUUUCGACACAGCGAAUCUGUGUUAAUUUAGUGUACACUGCCUGUAAACUAUAAAUGGUGCAUUGUACAUAGUGUGUGAAGCAGAACAUUAAUUUCUACCUGAAAAAAAAGAAUCUACAAUUGUAUCCUUCUUACCAGUUUCGUGUACUUGUGUUUUGUUGUUCUCUCUGUCAGACCGUUAGCCAGUGAAUACCUGAUCAGUAUGCAAACCAAAAUCAUUCAAAUUAAACAUUUUAAAUCGCACCGCCUUGAGAUGUGAGUGAAAAAUUACCAAAGGACGUGUUUAGGGAAUCAAACCAUGAAACCAUGCAGCAGGAUUUCUUGUAUGAAUUGAAUUUGGCUUUAUAUUCUCAUAGGAAAGGAGAACUUUUGUUGCUAUAGCGAGUUUCCAUUUGGUGCUUCCACUGAUGCAAGAAUAUAUAAGCGGAUUCCCUAAAGGCACACAGUGAUGGAACAAAAUGAGAUUACAUUUCAAUGCUUUUGGAUUCUCUCACGAAAUGUUUGCGUUGACCUUAUGUGUGAGGCUUUUGGUUAAACCAUUCCAGUUUGAAUCAGGUUUGUUAUUUUACUGAUGGCCAGUGUCAGCAUGCUCAGAAACCUCACGACCUGAGUCUGCAUAAACUGAUUUAGACGUUAAAUAUCUGAAAAUAUCAAACUUGAUUUCCAGCUUCUGCUCUCUCGUCUCUUUUUAAAUCACCAAAGUGUAACAUU